ACCCUGUCGCGGCUCCCGAGCCCAUCCGGUCAAGAUGGCGCUGGUGACUGCAAUGCGCAUCUCGGCGCGAGCUCUGUUUCGCCCUUGGGCCUGGCUCCCGGGUGGGGCCUUCGGGCGGACAGAGUCGGCGGCCAGAGGUGGUGUAGGUGCACGAGGCUUUGGAAGUCAGCGGGUGCUGGUGGAACCUGACCCGGCCGCGGGGAUCGCCGUGAUGAAGUUGAAGAACCCCCCAGUGAACAGCCUCAGCCUAGAGUUGCUGACGGAGUUAGUCAUCAGCCUGGAGAAGCUGGAGAAUGACAAGACCUUCCGAGGCAUCAUCUUAACUUCAGACUGUCCCGGGGUCUUCUCAGCUGGCCUGGAUCUGACGGAAAUGUGCGGGAAGAACCCCGCACACUAUGCUGAGUACUGGAAGGCCAUGCAGGAGCUGUGGUUGCGGCUGUACCUGUCAAACCUGGUGCUGAUUGCUGCCAUCAAUGGAGCCAGCCCUGCUGGAGGCUGCCUGAUCUCCCUUACCUGUGACUACCGGGUCCUGGCCGACAACCCCAAAUAUGUCAUUGGGCUGAAUGAGACCCUGCUGGGCAUCAUUGCCCCUUUCUGGUUCAAAGAUACCCUUAUGAACACCAUUGGGCACCGUGCCUCAGAGCUCGCUCUGCAGCUGGGGAUUCUCUUCCCGCCGGCAGAGGCCCUUCAGGUGGGCAUGGUGGACAAGGUGGUGCCUGAGGACCAGGUGCAGAGCACAGCACUGUCAGUGAUGGCCCAGUGGUUGUCCAUUCCAGACCACGCUCGACAGCUGACCAAGAACAUGAUGCGAAAGCCCACAGCAGACCGCUUGGUGAAACACCGUGACUCGGACAUCCAGAACUUUGUCAGCUUUAUCUCCAGAGACUCUAUCCAGAAGUCCCUGCAGGUGUACUUAGGAAAGCUCAGACAAAAGAAAGGCUAACAGCUAGGCUGCCAACACAGGGUUUAGCCAUCUGCACCCUUCUGGAGGGGCCCCUCUGGUCCCAAAAGGUUUUACUUUAAACAAGCUAUUUCCUAAUUUCAGAAUCCUUUCAGCUCUUUAAUUUGCUGGUCUUCCCAGGAGGCCCUGUUUCUUGUAGCCUGGGUCCCAAGGAUCCCUCCACAUGUGAGUGCCUUUACUGCCUGGCAGGUGGGCAGAAUGGGAUUGGCAAGCAGUUUCUGGAUUUGGGAAUUAUGAACUGGCAGGUGGACCCAAUCUGAACCUUGGGAGGUUACCACUGAGUGUCUCCUUUCCCAAAGAACUGUGAAUAAAGUCCUUGGGUCACCCCAU